AUGGACAUUUUGAAAACACACUUUGACGACAAAGUCACAAUGAGACAUCUUCUCUACACGAAGCUUGCCCAACUCCCAAAUUGCGACCCCGAAGGCCGAAACCUCCUAGCACUCUACAAUCGCAUGUUUGCGCUGAUACGACAAUUCUCCGUCAACAAUGACGAUUCUCAAGAAACAGCACUUGGUGCCAUACUACUGAACAAAUUACCAGCCAGCGUUCGAAGCAGAAUCUACGACAAAACAGCGAAUGAUCACAACCUUUCCCCAAUCGAACUUCUCCAUCUGCUCACCGACAUCGUACGUAAGGAUACCACCCUAUACGAGAUGAACUUUCAUAGCAAAACGUCCAACACGGAACAAAGCCCGUACGUCAGCUUCAACGCCACUUCUAAAUACCAGAAAAACACAAAAAGAUCUCGCACACAACAGCAAAUGAAACCAUGCCCUUACUGCGAGCAAGUCAACCACUCCGCAGUCUCCUGCGACGUAUUCCCGACUCCAUACCACCGCAAUCGCCGAGCAAAAGAACAACGCCUGUGUUACAAUUGCCUAUCUAAAUAUCAUUCAACAAAGGAAUGCACGUCGAAACGAAGCUGCAAAUACUGCAAACAACGUCAUCACACAUCCAUGUGCUUUUCCCAGCCUCAGCAACAACUUCAACAACAACCACAAACAAACACGAGGAAUCGCCGAAAUGACAAGCCGCAUAAACCACGAACGUAUCCUGAGCGGCAGCAUUGCGCAAAUGUCACCGUUGAAGAAGCCCCCACAUCUACUCCUGUGCUAGAGAGCAGUGAAAAUACGACCCCAACAACAAUCACUUGCAGCUCCACAUCGCCUCCAGAUCAACAGCCCAAACCCAGAGUGGCGCUCAUGUGUGCUACCGUCAACCUCUACAAUCCAUCAAAUGCUUCUCUUCGAGUACAAACAACAGCAUUUCUCGAUUCCGGCUCAAGUCAUUCCUAUAUCACUGAUAAUAUAGCGGAGAUUUUACAACUACCUACGCUUUCAACCGAGACGAUCUCCGUUUCUACCUUCGGAAGCAAAAACCUCCUUCGACUGAGAUUGCAAGCCAUCACUUCUCUCGGCAAUGAUUACUUUUGGGAAAUGAUCCUGUCAGAUGACUUCUACGUGAAAAUCCUGACCUCCGGAUGCCGCCUACUUCACACCAAUCUGGGCAACAUCCUCACAGGCAAGCUGCUGAAUCUAAAAGACUCCGAUAGAUGCACAAGUCUUUGCGCUCGUAACGAUAUUUCCAAUCCUAUCCACCACGACAAGCUCACGGAACUUGUCAGCAGAUUUUGGAAUCUGGAGUCAAUAGGCAUUACAGACGAUCCUACGCAGAAAGAUGAUGACAUAUGCCUAAGAUAUUUCAAUGAUACAGUCUCUUUCGAUUCAAAGGAACAACGAUACAUUGUCAAACUUCCGUUCAAAUCCGAUCCAUCUACACUACCGGAUAACUACACCAUAGCAUACUCCAGAUUGAGCAGCUUAGUCAAAUGCUUGAGCAAAAAUCCAGGCUAUAUGGAGGAAUAUAACAAGAUCUUCAAGGAGCAACUCGAACGAGGAAUCAUUGAAAACGUCCCAAAAAUGGAUUCGCCGAAGCUUUCCCAUUACCUUUUACACCACGGCGUAAUCAAACAAACGAGCGACAAAUUGAAAAUUCGCUGUGUAUUUGACGGAUCAGCAAAACUGAAGGGAAGUCCAAGCAUGAACGAGAUUCUGUACCGAAGACCCGUACUACUUCCAGACCUAACAGGUAUCCUGAUUCGCUGCCGGUUUCCGAAGAUUUUGAUCACCAGUGACGUUGAAAAAGCAUUCCUAAUGGUAGGCCUUCAUCCCGAUUGCAGAGAUUAUACUCGCUUCUUAUGGCUACACGAUGUGUCCAAACCAUUCUCGUCUAGAAUGUAA